UCAGAAGUGCAACAAAGGCCUUAGAUGUGUGUUUUGGAUCAUUGUCAUGUUGGAAAACUUCUUCUUUCUAUAUAUAGAGCAGUACAUCUGUGAAUUCAUGAUACCAUCAGUAAAAUGCAGCUCCCCAACACUAGCAGCACUUAUGCAGCCCCACAGAAAGACACUUCCACCAUCAUGUUUCAGUAUAGACACCAUGCAUUUUCCUUUGUACUCCUCACCUUUGCGAUGCCAUACAGUUUUGAAGCCAUUAGUUCCAAGAACAUUUAUCUUGGUCUCAUCACUCCAGAAUGCAGUCCCAGAAGUCUUCUUUUUCAGCUUGGGC